UUCGAUGGGUUUUGUGGCAGACCUAGCAUAUAGGUUUGCCCCUGUACAAGUACUCCAGCCAAAGCCUGCGUUUCAUUCUUAUCAGCUGCGCACUUGGCGUGCAGGGCCAUCCCGAAGGCGGGACAGGGACACCCUCUUGCCGUCCUCUCUCUCCAACUCGCCGUCGUAGGUGCUCUAACCAUGGUCAACGCGCAGGCUCCGCCACCGCCGCAGCUGCAGCUGCUCAAGACGACCACCGGCCGCAGCGUGCCUCCUACUGCCGUCAUCACCAUCGCCAUCAUCGCCUUCUUCGUCCUCGUUUUAUUUUGUGUCUUCGUCAACCUGUGGCGCAGAAGCUCCGCGGACGCCAGCGCCGGCGCACGGCAUGGGUCCAUCAGGAAGCGCAGGCGGGGGCUCGACCCGGCGGCGUUGGCCGCGCUCCCGGUCGUGCCGUACGCGGAGAUCAGGAAGCACAAGAGCGGUGGCGGCGUGCUGGAGUGCGCCGUGUGCCUCACCGCGUUCGACGACGGCGACGAGCUCCGGCUGCUGCCGCAGUGCUCCCACGCGUUCCACCCGGAGUGCAUCGACCCCUGGCUCGAGGGCCACGUCACAUGCCCGCUCUGCCGCGGCAACCUCGAGAAGCCCGUGCCGCUUCCUUCGCCCGACAAGCCGCCUCGACAGAUGCCAGAGGCCGUCGCCGUUCGGGUGGAGGCGGAGAACGACGAGGAGAGGAAGGAGGAGGACGCGGCGCUCGAGAAGCUGCGCUGCGCACGGCGCGCGGCGAGGAUGCCGCGGUCACGCUCGACGGGGCCCUCGGCCUCCACGACGGCCGCGGCCGAGACGGGAGACCACGAGAGGUUCACCGUGCGGCUGCCGCCGCACGUCCGGGAGGAGGUUCUCAGGUCGAGGCGGCUGCGGCACGCGACCAGCCUCGUCAUCACCCUGGGCGGCGGCGCCUCGAACUGCGCGGGGAGCUGGACGGCGUGUUCGGCUGGUGGCGAGAGGUGCGUGCGGCGCCGUUGGGCGUCCUUGUUGUCCAGGACGGCGUCGUGGUCGUGGGCACAGGGCGGUGGGGAAGCGUCGGCGGGGAAGAAAGGCGCGGGGCCUGAGACAGGCGUCACGAGACGGCCACCGUGCGGCCAUGUGGUGUGCACCUUGGUGGCGCGGUGGCCGGCCCGGUGCAAAGCCAAGAAUUUGGCUUGAGUUUUUUUCCCCCUUUGUUCUUUUUGUCAGAUUGAUUGUGACUGGCUUGACUUUGUAAAAAAAACAUGGGAACCCAUUGCAAGAACGGCAUGAAUCAUGUCGUUCA